AUGGGCCUCCGAAGCGGCAACAAGAAGUGGCAGUCCUACACGGGCUCAACAGUCCGUCUCGUCGUGGCCAUCGACAUCGGAACCACAUUCUCAGGGGCAGCCUACUCGAUUUUGACACCUGGCGAGAAGCCACAGAUUGUAGAUGUUGGCAGCUAUCCUGGACAGGAACAUGGCGGCAGUCACAAGACGCCAUCAACGGUCAUGUAUGCCCCCGACGGAAGGGUGUUGGCUGUGGGAAGCGAGACGAAGACGGAGCGCAUGAGGCACGCUGCGUAUGCUAUGGGGGCCAAAGAGGCGUCUUGGUGGAAGUUGGCCCUGUGCGCCGACCUGGACGAGGGGCUGCCCGACCAACAGGACGACGACCAGGAUGACGAAAACGAAGACGAAGGACGCACCCCCAUGUUUAUUCCGCCAGGCAAGAGCGCAGAAGAUGUUUUCACCGACUAUUUAGCAUGGAUGAUGGACUGGGUCGAGAAGUUCAUCAUCGCGCACCACCAAGGCGGAGAACAGCUGGUAGCGAAGACGAAGGGAAACCGACUCCUAGUCCUGACCCAUCCAAACAGCUGGGCUGGGGCACAGCAAGCCGCCAUGCGCCGCGCCACAGUGCGAGCCGGUGUUGUCCCCGACGCCACUCGAGCGGCGACCAUGGUCAGAUUCUUGUCCGAGGCGGAAGCCAGCUUGACGUACGCCCUCAUGAGCAGCGCCAUGUCCUCGUGGACGCAAGCGGGCUCUUCCGUGGCCAUUGUCGAUGCAGGCGGAGGCACCAUCGACAUGACCGCCUAUGCGAUAGAGACAACCGAGCCACACUUGAGUGUCAAAGAGGUGUGCGUCCCCCAAUGCUUCCUCGAAGGCUCCAUCACCGUCGACAACCAAGCCAUCGCACUCAUCAGGUCUAAACUCGCAGGCACUCGGUGGGACAACGACGAAGACCUCGAGACGAUCAUGCACGACUUCAUUCGCACAGUCAAGCACACAUUUUCAAACGAUCGCAAUCCCUGCGUCAUAAAGAUUGGCACAAGCGUCGACAAUGACGAGUCCAUCGGCCUCAUCAAGGGCAUGCUCGUGCUGCAGGGCCAUGAGGUAGCCUCACUCUUCUCCAGAUCCAUAAGCGCCACCGUCAAUGGCUUGCGCACCAUCUUUGCAGACUAUGCGCCCGGCAUGGCCAAGCGCGUCGCCCUCGUCGGCGGCUUUUCAGAGAGCGUGUAUCUCCGAGAGAGUGUUGCCAAAGCUCUCGGGCCCGGUGUGGCACUCGCCAAGCCAGACAAUGCCACUGCCAAGGCGGUGGCGAGCGGCGCUGUGGCUUGGGCCAUCGACGGUGUUGUUACGGCCCGAGUCGCCAAGCUCUGGUACGGUGUACGCUGUGCCGUGACGCUCGAUGCGAGAAAGCAGUCACACAUCGAUCGUUUGAAAACAAGAAUCGUCUCGGCAGACGGCGAGGUGCGCAUCCCAGACGCUUUCCAUCCACUCUACGCUAAAGGUCAGGAAGUCAAAGCUGCAGACACAGUCAAGCAGAGCUUCAGCAUGACAAAGGCGCUCGAUGAGAAGCUCACGGGUUCAUUUGACCUCAUCAUCUACCGCGGCGACGAUACACCCCCAGAGUUUGUGGAUGAAGAAAACGACGGAUUCGCGGUCCUCUGCACACUCGAGGUCAAUCUUGACAGGCUCAAGAACGCGUUGCCAAUCCAGAAGCUCGAGAGCGGACGCCGAUUCAGACAGGUCCGCUUCGACAUACACCUGGAUAUCUCUGAUACAGAGCUGAAGGCAAGAUGGAUGUGGGACCACCAGGCCAUCGCACACAGCGGAGAGGCGCAAACCGUCUACCUCGACGACCUGGAGCUCUUCACACGCAAAGCUGCUCCAAGCGGGGGACGCAACGUUCCUCGAGCAGUAGCUACCGAGAGUCUUGCGAUGCGCGAAGAGAUGCGAACCCCAUCCGUCUCUGGUGCGGUGCUGCCGGAAACCGAUCUCCAGAGUGUCUCGAGUCUCGAGCUUCCGUCGCAAUUGGCUUUUCAGGGUCAGGUCUCGGGUGAAAGCAUACACGCGGAAGUCAGCGACUUCAGAAACAGCGACACGGAUCCAGAGAGCAUGUCUCUCUAUCUCUGUGCCAUCUUUCUCUUCUCGGCAAGCCUCGUGCGGGCCUCGCCGUCGCCCAACCCGCUCUGGACGAACCCGCUUAAAGUGCGCGACACAUGCGAGAACACUGACUGUAUGCAGGCUUCAGGCAGCUUGCUUGCCUGCUUGUCCCCAGACGUGACCAACGACCAGCUCCUCUCUUGCUUCUGUCCCAAUAACUUCGUGGCCUUCACCAACUGCGUCCUCAUCGACGAUUGCCUUAUAACCGACUCCUACGGUUACUUCGAGUCACAAAACAUGGACAAUGUCCUCGACUUCGCCUGCACGCUCUACGUGAACGGUUUUCAAACCCAGGCAGCUAACUGUCUAGCCUCACAAGAUAUGACUGGAAGCAGUUGCGACCUCUCGCAGAUCCCUGACAGCGGAAGCGGCGGGGCUUCUUCGACGCCACCCCUCACCUUCACCAGUGGUGCGGGUACUUCCACCGCCAACCGUGCUGCUUCGAACACGGCUGCCGCGUCCCAUGCCGCAAAUACCAACGCCGGUGGAGCAAAAAAGACCAGCGGAGCUGCUUCUGACUACGCUCUCCAGGUCUUCUCUCUCGGUGCGAUCGCACUGGGUGCUGCCGCUGUUCUCCUAUGA